CAUGUGUGUGAAUCAGAUGCCUUUUACUCUCUUAUAACUCACACCCUCUGCAAUAAACCUCUCAUCUCCUUCAUUACAAUCCAUUUCUGCUUCUGGGUUUUGGGGUUUCGCAUUCUAUAGGCAUAACCCAUCUCCGAGAUCCUUGCGUUUUCGAGGUUUGUUCUUUGUUAUGGGACUCAGUUAUCAGUCGAGCAGAGCUGGAGCUCUGGUUGGUGGUUUCAUGCUGCUUUUCUCCGUGUUUCUACCGGGUUUGUUUAGCCAUUUGGGUCAUGCUUCGCCUUCCACGUUCUCGGAAUGGAACACUCCAAAGCCCAGGCAUUCGCGUCUGCUGAAGAGUGCUUUACAACGCCAAAGUCCAAUACCAGAUCAGUCUGAUUUAUGGGCUCCUUUAACUGAUGAAGGGUGGAGGCCUUGUGUUGAUUCUUCAAAAGAUUCCUCACUACCAGGGGAGUCUGAAGGAUAUAUUCAAGUGUUUCUUGAUGGAGGCCUGAACCAGCAAAGAAUGGGAAUAUGUGAUGCAGUUGCUGUAGCAAAAUUUCUAAAUGCAACCCUUGUGAUUCCCCACCUUGAAAUUAAUCCGGUCUGGAAAGACUCAAGUUCUUUCGUCGAUAUAUUUGAUGUGGAUCACUUUAUUAAUGUGUUGAAAGAUGACAUUUCUAUAGUUAAAGAGCUGCCAGCUGAAUUUUCUUGGAGUACUAGGGAAUAUUAUGCUACAGCCAUUCGGGCUACGAGAGUCAAAACAGCGCCUGUUCAUGCCUCGGCCAAAUGGUAUCUGGACAAUGUCUUGCCUGUAUUGCAGAGCUACGGUAUCGCUGCCAUUGCACCCUUCUCACACCGUCUCGCUUUUGAGAACUUGCCUGAUGAGAUACAAAGGUUGCGUUGUAAGGUCAACUUUCAAGCAUUAACUUUUGUUCCUCAUAUCCGAGCACUAGGAGAUGCUCUCAUCAGCCGGCUGCGGUAUCCUUCGAAUAGGAAGGAUUCAAAGGAGGCCAACUACCUAAGUUUGACCACUGAUGCAAAUGUACAAGGUCCAAUGAAGUUUGUUGUCCUACACCUUCGAUUCGACAAGGACAUGGCAGCUCAUUCAGCCUGCGAUUUUGGUGGGGGAAAAGCUGAAAAACUUGCUUUGGCCAAAUAUCGUCAAGUGCUCUGGCAGGGAAGGGUCCUUAACUCUCAGUUCACAGAUGAAGAGCUGCGGAGUCAGGGGCGUUGCCCUUUGACACCUGAAGAGAUCGGUUUGCUGCUAGCUGCUUUGGGUUUUGACAACAAUACCCGUCUUUAUUUGGCCUCCCACAAGGUAUAUGGUGGGGUGGCUAGGAUUUCAACUUUGCGGAGUCUUUUCCCAUUAAUGGAAGACAAGAAGAGUCUCACUUCUGGAAAUGAACUUGCCCAAAUCAAAGGAAAGGCUUCUUUGCUAGCUGCGGUUGAUUACUACGUAAGCAUGCACAGUGACAUUUUUAUCUCGGCUUCUCCUGGAAAUAUGCAUAAUGCAAUAGUGGGACAUCGCACUUACGAGAACUUGAAGACCAUAAGACCAAACAUGGCAUUGUUGGGACAGCUUUUCAUGAAUAAAAGCAUCAUUUGGUCAGAUUUUCAGCAGGCCACUGUAGAAGGCCACUUAAACAGACAAGGACAAAUAAGGUUGAGAAAGCCAAAGCAGUCAAUAUACACAUAUCCUGCUCCUGAUUGUGUUUGCCACGCUUGAAAUGGUGUUCUUAUUGGGUACCACUUUCUGUCACUAAAACAGACCACUCUUAAUGAUUCUGCAACUAUUGUUCGUCGGUAGUAAUCUGUUGAAUAAAGAAAAAUUAGAUUUUCCGAUCAGUCGGCCUGCAUCAUUUGAUGUUCCGAAAAUCCAGUGCGAGGAAGAAUUUUCAUAGUUUGUAAAGAUAUGGAGGUCUACUGGGAAGGCUUAUGUCUUCUGGGGCAGAUUCAGAUUAAUGCAGUAUGUAGUGUGCUAAUGUCUUCGGAUUAUUGACAGAUCAUCUUAUUAAUGUAAAGAAUUGUUUGUAAAAAUA